CAUCCCUACCUGACCGUGGAGAGGCGAUACUGGAGACUCGACACCAAUUGUGACUGUUGGCAUCAGCUGGUCCUGGAGCAAUGGGACGACCAGCAGUGGCUCCAGAAUUUCAGGAUGUGAAAUCAGAUGUUCCUGGACCUGUGUGCCUGGCUUGCCCCUCUGUUCCUCAGACAUGACACCCAGCUGCGGCCCACCAUCCCCAUGAACAAGAGGGUCGCCAUCGCCCUGUGGAAGCCGGCCACCCCAGCCAGCUACCGCUCUGUGGCACACCAGUUCAGGAUGGGCAGGUCCACAGUGGAUGCCGUCUCGAUGCAGGUUGUCCAUGCCAUCAAUGACAUCCUGCACCAGAGGGUCAUCUGCCUGUCGGAUGUGGAUGCAGUCGUGGCUGGCUUCGCUGCCCUGGGGUUCCCCAACUGCGGGGGAGCCGUGGAUGGGACUCACAUCCCCAUCCAUGCCCCGGAACAUCGACCAGCCCAUUUCAUCAACUGCAAAGGGUACUUCUCCAUGGUGCUCCAGGCCCUUGUGGACCGCCUUGGUCGCUUCACAGACAUCUGUGUGGGGUUGUUUCGGCAGGGCACAUGAUGCCCACAUCCUGAGAAACUCCAGCCUGUAUCUCAGAGUGGAGGCGAGCACUUUCUUCCCCCAGUGGGAACUGACAGUUGGGGAUGUCCACAUGCCUCUCUGCAUUGUGGGGGUCAUGGCCUACCCCCAUAUUCUGUGGCUGAUGUGGCCGUACACCGGAUGCAUGGAACCCUGGUGGGAACAUUUCAACCACCACCUGAAUCGGGCCCACAACCAGUUUGAGUGCGCCUUCAGACGGCUGAAGGUGAUUCUGUUGUCUGCUUACCCGUCUCGAAAUGGGUUAGCAGAACAUCACGGAGGUUGUGGCAGCAUGCUGAGUGCUGCACAACACAGUGGAGCAGACAGGGGAGGCCUUCCUCCCAGGGUGGAUGGCAGGCGAGGGCUGGGCAUUUGAGCAGCCCCACACAGCUGCCAUCCGACAGGUGCACCACAAUGGGGUGCACAUCUGGGAGGCUCUGAAGGAGAUGUUCUCCCAGGCUCCACACUAGGGUUGCUUCUGUCUCCCGUCCACAUCCCCCUCCCACCUUCAACCCUUCCC